AUGACCAGAAGAGACAAAAUUAAAAAUGACAAAAUCAGAAAGUCACUUGCCGUGGAGUCUGUUCUUUGCAUCAUUGAGAAAAACCAGUUAAGAUGGUAUGGACAUGUUCUACGAAUGCCAGAUACAAGAGACACUAAAAGGAUGUACAACUGGAAAGCAAAGAGAAAACGACCAAUUGGUCGCCCUAGGAAAAGAUGGGAGGACCAAAUUAAAGAGAUUACUCAAAGGGAAGAGAAAAACUUUGAAAAAGUGAAGUCUAUUGCACUUGACAGGACAGAAUGGAAAGUGCUAAUCAAGAGGCUAUCAACUGACAGGCAUAGGCCUACAGGCGUCAGGGUGAGCAG